CGGACGGUGCCGCCCGAGUGCAGCGACGCAGGCGGCAUGCGAGCGGCAGCGGCCCUGCUGGCGCUGCUCUGCCUCCUUGUGCUGGUCACGUGGGGCACCGCCUGGCCCCGUGGCGGCCUCGAGGCGGCGCUCACCAGCCAGCGGGAGCAGAAGCGGAGCUCGUUCGUGCGCCUGGGUCGCGCCGGAGCCGGCCAGGAGCUGGACCCGGAGCCGCAGCCGGAGCUGGAGCCGCAGCCGCAGCCGCAGCGGCCGCGGGAGCAGCAGCCGCCGCCGGUUCUGCCAUGGUUUGACCGCGUAACCCGACCUAGCUUCCUACGACUCGGCCGCCGGUGGUUCGAUCGCAUGAACCGUGCCAGCAGCAUCCGGCUGGGCCGCCGCGGCAGCGACACCUACCUGCCCACCAGCUACAAGCGCUACCGGAUCCGGUUGAAGCGGUCGGUGUAGGGGCGCCGCCGGCCCGGGGCGCCGCCGGUGGUCGGUGCAGAGGCGCCGCAGGCGAUCGG